AUGGACAUCGACGACGCGUCCGCGUCCGAGUCCGACAGCGAGCCCAUCGCGCGAAAGGGCAAAGGGAAGGCGAAGAGCAAGCCCGCCGGUAAGAAGCCCACCACGUCUGGCAAGAAAACCACCAAGUCAGACAAGAUAUAUACGUACGAGGACAUCAAACGCGCCGCGGCGGAGGACAAACUCGAGAAGGCCGCCAUCCGGAAGGAGCAGCGGCUGGAGCGCAAGCGGCUCGGGCGCAAGCUCACGCACGCGGAGAAGACGACGCUGCUCCUGCGGAGGUACCACCCCGAGCUGAGGGAUGUGUGGGGCGACUUGGAGGCACGCGUCGAGGUGGCGGGCAAGGUGCCCGAGGCCGAGCAACCGAGCCGCCUGAAGCUCACGCUGCUGCCGUUCCAGCGCGAGAGCGUGGCGUGGAUGCGGAAGCAGGAGAAGGGCGAGUGGGCGGGCGGGAUGCUUGCGGACGAGAUGGGGAUGGGGAAGACGAUCCAGAUUAUCGGGUUGUUUGUGAGCGAGCUCGCGGAUGCGAAGGGGAAGGGGAAGGAGCGCGCGGUGGAGAAGCCGGGGCCGAAUCUGGUGGUGGCGCCGACGGUGGCGGUGAUGCAGUGGAAGAACGAGAUUGAGGCACAUACGGAGCCGCCUCUGAAGGUGCUGGUGUGGCAUGGGGCGGCGCGCGAGGCGGAUGCGUCUAAGCUGGCUGCGUACGACGUGGUGCUCACAACGUAUGCGGUCUUGGAGAGCGCGUUUAGGAAGCAGGUGAAGGGCUUCACGCGCGGGAACAAGAUCAUCAAGGAGCGGUCGCCGGUUCAUGCUGUCGAGUGGGGGCGGGUCGUUCUCGACGAGGCGCACAAUAUCAAGGAGCGCAGCACGAAUACCGCGAAGGCGGCGUUCGAGCUCAAGGCGAAGCACCGAUGGUGUCUGUCGGGUACCCCUCUGCAGAACCGCGUCGGCGAACUGUACUCCCUCGUCCGCUUCCUCGGCGGUGACCCCUUCUCCUACUACUUUUGCAAGCGGUGCGACUGCAAAAGCCUACACUGGCGCUUCACGGACCACAAGACGUGCGAUGACUGCGGCCACAGCCCGAUGCAGCACACCUGCUUCUGGAACAACGAGAUCUUGACGCCGAUCCAGAAGCAUGGGAUGGAGGGUCCGGGCAAGCCGGCGUUCAAGAAAUUGCGUAUCUUGCUCGAUCGGAUGAUGUUGCGGAGGACAAAGCUCCAACGCGCGGACGACCUCGGACUGCCACCGCGGACAGUGAUCGUGCGCCGCGACUACUUCUCGCCCGAGGAGCGCGAGCUGUACCUCAGUCUUUUCUCCGAUGCGAAGCGGGAGUUCAACACGUUCGUAGACCGGGGCACUGUGCUCAACAACUACAGCAACAUCUUCUCCCUCCUCACGCGCAUGCGCCAGAUGGCCUGCCACCCCGACCUCGUCCUGCGCAGCAAGACCAACGCGAAUGCCUUCGUCGCCGAGGAGGAGGAGGCCACGAUUUGCCGGCUCUGCCAAGACGUGGCCGAGGACGCCAUCCAGGCCAAGUGCCGGCACAUCUUCGACCGUGCGUGCAUCGCGCAGUACCUUGAGGCCGCGGCCGGCGUCGAGCAGCCCACGUGCCCCGUGUGUCACGUACCGUUGACCAUCGACCUUGCGGCGCCGGCGCUGGAGGUGAAUCAGGCAGUGGAGGGUGAGGCGGGUGCGGAUGGGGUCGUGGGCGCUCGGUCGCUGAGGCAGGGUAUCCUGGGGCGCUUGGAUCUGUCGAAGUGGAGAUCGUCGACGAAGAUUGAGGCCCUUGUUGAGGAAUUGAGCGCUUUGCGGCAGCAGGAUGCAACGACGAAGAGCAUUGUGUUCAGCCAGUUCGUGAACUUCUUGGACCUUGUUGCGUUCCGGUUGCAGCGCGCGGGUUUCGCGGUGUGCAGGUUGGAGGGCACGAUGAGCCCUCAGGCUCGUGAUGCCACGAUCAAGCACUUCAUGACCAAUGUCGACGUCCCCGUCUUCCUCGUCUCGCUCAAGGCCGGUGGUGUAGCGCUGAACCUCACGGAGGCUUCGCGCGUGUAUUUGAUGGACAGCUGGUGGAACCCAGCUGUCGAAUACCAAGCGAUGGACCGUAUCCAUCGACUGGGGCAGCGUCGCCCCGUUCAGGCCAUCAAGCUUGUCGUAGAGGACAGUAUCGAGUCCCGCAUCGUCCAGCUGCAGGAGAAGAAGGCGGCGAUGGUCGACGCGACGCUGAGUCCAGACGACUCUGCGAUGGGCCGGCUGACGCCGGAGGAUCUUGGGUUCUUGUUUAGAUUGUGAGAUCUUGUCAUGUUCUGUAAUAUCGUCUGUAUAUGCAUCUUAUUCUUGGUUCGUGGGCCAGGACCGUGGCAUAAUUGUUCAUUCAUUCAUUCC